AUGGAGCUGGCGAAUCUGGAUCAAGGUGGGCGUAAUCUUGCGAAGAGUAAGAUUAACUCAACUAGUCAAAUUUCUAUUCAGAUUGACGGUGAACUACCUGUAGCUCGCAGAUUUAACACAGAUUUAACACUUAAAGAGGUUCGAGAGCAAUUAUCAAAUUCGGGAGAACAAGCUCGCAUUUCUGAAUAUAUGGACUUCUAUAAUACAUGUGGAAUAAUUUCACGUAAUGAUGAAAGCACGGAAUUACUAAAGGGAAAUUUGCAUGAUGGUUAUAUUUUAAAAAUUAAGUCAAAUAUUAUUGAAGCUACACGUAGAUGCAUGUUGAAUUACGGAAGAAAAAUGACAGAAGAUGGACCUGUAAAGGUAGACAACAUGAUAUUUGAAUUUCCUCAAGGUAUUACUCAGAGCAUUAAGAUAACGAAAUUAGAUUACACUGAAUAUAAAUAUGAAGGAAAAUGUGAAAAUAAGCACGAAAAUUUCUUGCGAAAGAAUUUAGUGGCAGAAGGGGAAAUAUCGGCAUCUGUGCUAUCAAAUUUAUCCAUUGGUCUUACAAUUUCGUAUGGCCGUCAUAUUAGUGCUACUCAUCACACAAAAUUUUCUUCUGAAUAUGAAAUAAUAUUAUUGCCAAAGUACGAAAUAGAAAUUGACGUUGAGAAAGUGCAACCAUCUGAAGAUUUUAUACAGGCAGUAAAUUCUGCUUUAGGAAGCAAUAAUCCUAAAAAUGAACUCAAAAAAAUGAGUGAUAAUUUUGGAAACUAUAUUGCUAGUAAAGUUCAAAUCGGCGGAAGAAUUAAUAAAAUAGUACAUAAUAAUGCAUCAAGCACGUUACAACAGACCUCAACGGAUCGGUCCAUUGGUAUGGAAGUCUGUUCAGACAAUAUUGUUAGCAUAGGAGGCAAUUAUUCAAAUAAAAAUGGAUAUAACGAGUCUUCAUCUACUUCAAAUAUAAAAAAAAAGGCUUACAUUCGUGUAUAUGGAGGAGACAAAAAUAAAUUUAAAAAAGACGGCAUGUCCUCAUGGCAAGAUUCCUUAAGUGAAUGCAUCAAUUGGGAGAUAAUUAAAUAUGUUGAUCUAAUUUCAAUAUUUGAUGUUUUAAACCUAGAACUUCGCCAAAAAGUUCUUGAAGCAAUGGGACAUAAAGUUCUUUAUAGUUCAAUAGACUCAGUUGAUAAUAUCGUCAUGUCAUCAUCAAAAUUUUCAUAUGAGCAUGAACUUAGUAUACCAUCAGAACUAAAUCUUAGUCUAAAGGAAUGCCAAAUUUUUGCGUCUGUCAUGAAUAAAGAAAAGAUGGAAAAUGUAUUUUCUACUCGUAUUAUUGUAUAUACGUCAAAUAAUUCUGCUAGCGUAGUUCUUCAUUGGAUCAAUAAAAGUUCAAUGUGGCACAGAACUAAAUUUUUCAAUCUGCAAAUAGGUUGGGUUGUUGUUGGCCAACCGAGAGACUUCAAAUUUAAUGAAAAUUGUGACAUUAUCGAUAGUGGAAAAUAUGCUCUAACCAAUAAUCAAAUUAGUAUUUAUGAUCAAUUUAAAGAUCAUAGUAUUUUAGUAGCAUGCACACAGCAGCUGCCACAACAAAUUGACUUCCAUCCAAAAAAUUCAACGUUAGUGACAGGUGUUCAUUUUUCUUGUCUCAAUGAUUCACAAUUAAGUGCCUGUUUUUUUAUAUAUGAUCUUAAGAAGAAGAAGUUGCAUAAGGAAAAUUUGGGGGGAGAAUUGACCGACCUUUUUGUUCAUUGCAGGUAA